GAAAAAAGGACAUUUCCGGUAUGUCGAUCGUGUUAUGUAAUGUUGCUUCAAAAACUAAUAACGACAAUAACGUUAACAAUGACAAUAUUAGCGAGGAUUCAAAUCCGGUCACAAUCUACAGGUGCCGUGCUCCUAUAGCUUCACUGGAUUGUAUGGAGGAAUUCAGUGGCACCACCGCUCAGCUUGAUUUUGGUCGUUCUACAAGCCUGGGGUCCAAUCCGGCGAUCCAGAUACGCAGCAAUGCGACAACCACACCUGGCUUACGUUACAAAAACCUUGGCAAGAGUGGACUGCGCGUUUCCAACGUCGGUCUCGGUACUUGGCCGAUAUUUUCCCCGGGCGUGUCAGAGGAACAGGCCGAAGCCAUCCUUCGGCUGGCGGUCGAGAGUGGAAUCAAUUUGUUUGAUCUCUCCGAGGCACAUUCUGGAACACGUGCGGAAAUAGAACUUGGCAAAAUUAUUCAGAAAGCCGGAUGGAAGCGUACCACUUUUGUCAUAAUAACCAAAAUUUAUUGGAGUACCAAGUCGGAGGAGCGCGGAUUGUCGCGAAAGCACAUAAUCGAAAGUGUUCAAGCGAGUCUCCAGAGGUUGCAGCUACCAUACAUUGACGUCAUACUGGUCCACAAGGCUGACUCAAUGUGCCCUAUGGAAGAAAUUGUCCGUGCUAUGAAUUAUGUUAUUUCGCAAGGGUGGUCAAUGUAUUGGGGUACCGCCAGAUGGUCGCCAGUUGAGAUUAUGGAAGCUUACACCAAUUGCCGCCAGUUCAACUGUGUUACGCCGAUCGUGGAACAGUCGGAAUAUCAUAUGUUUUGUCGCGAGAAAGCUGAACUUUAUCUGCCGGAGAUGUACAACAAAAUUGGCGUAGGGUUUAUGGCUUGGGGGCCUCUCUCGAUGUGCCUGGGCGAUACACAAAACGGUGAGAAGCUCUGGAUUCCGAAAGGGUCGCUUAAGAGCAAAAGCCAAAGCUACUCGUGGAUCGAAGACGAGGUGAACAAGGAGGUAGGUGUCCGUGCUCGGCAAUCUUUUCGGAAGAACCUGCAGGACGAAGCUCGUCGGUUGUACGAUAAAGCGAGAGACAUUAGCAACUUGGCGGAAAAGUUGGGCUGCAAUGCGGUACAGUUGUCCAUUGCGUGGUCACUCAAGCACGAACCAGUCCAAUGUUUACUUCUCGGAGCCACGUCACCCGAACAGCUGCACCAGAGUCUGCAAGCAUUGCAGCUUCUGCCCCGAUUAUCGACUGGUGUGAUGCUGGAGAUAGAACGCAUUCUUGAAAAUAAACCAGUGCGUCCACCACCGAUAUCUACGCUUGCCCUACGGUGACAAUCAGCCUGCCCCCCGGGGCCUCCCAGCGAAAGUGGAGUUCCGUGUGGGGCAGAAUCGCCGAAAGAGGAAGACAUCAGCAUGGGUGAGGAGCAGAAAGAAUCGCAAAAGAUUAGCUUCUGCGAAAUUCAGUGACAAAACGAGAAUUUAGUAACCUGUAACCAAUUUGUAAACGUCGCCACUAGUGUUACGGAACGUAGCUCAGCACUAACGCUUCCCGACUGCUGCUCCAUGCCUGCGCAGCCUCAGCACCAGCGCCAUCUGCGCACUCAGCAGCAGCUGCAACAUCAACCUAAAAUGCAUCUUCCGUCGGUGCAACAUUCCGGCAGGCAGCGAAAGUAUCACCAAAGCGUACUACCAACCAGCCUACUGCGCCUAGAGGCAAUGAGUGUCAGUUUGGAGAGUCUUCUGUUCGAUCAGGCUGGUUUAGAUAGCAAAUUUAACAAUUCCACUAGCGCCACUGGUACGAUGCAGUCGACCAAUACUACUGUCAGCACUACCAGCGGUGCCAGCGCCGGCGUUGACAAGCAGACACGCCAGCUGGUACACUGUCUGAAGUCAAUUGACACCACUCUGCUGAAGGAGCGAAAAAAUCGGUAUAGAAUUUCCUGCAGUUUCCGAACGCUGGACAGCAACUGUAAGUCGCUAGUCAAUUUUCUGCGCGGCAAAAGUUCCAACGCUGUGCCAUCGCCGAAGGAAGUGGUUAGCGAGUCCACCGCCGGGUCAGCAGCAGUAGUAGCACAUCAGCAGCGGCAUAAUGGGUUUCGAAUGUUACUGAACCGGAAAUUGGUCACUGACACUGACAGCACACCAUUAGCGGCAUGUCCAAGUAUGGUAGAAGUAAUCGAUAUAUGAUAAAAAAUCGUUGUCAAACGGUUGAGAUUAUGGAAGUCUGGAGUGUGUUUCUUUCUUUCCUUUCACCAAAUGGCCCUACUCUCAACGGAUACAAAACUGUACCGGAAACACCUUUUCAACAUAAUUGAACAAAGCGCUCAAUAGAAGCAGGGAAGAGUUUAAAGAAUAUUUCAAAUCCUUCGGAACCUAACAAAGCGGAAACAUUUGCCCAUACUGGCUGAAACGCUUCCCGUAAAUAUGAAUACACUGCAAUAUUGAGAGUAUAUGAAUUAAUGCAAAAAUUUCGGCAACAAAAAUGCCAAGCGAAUAGUGGAGGGACAAAUAAGUUGUGUAAAGUACGAGUAUAAGAAAUCUUUGAUUCGUGCAUCUAGAGCUGAAUAUAUCUUAGGGUAGGCCUAAAGCUUGGCUGAAAGCAUGUAAGAACACUAACUCAAUAACAAUUUUCUUAUACUUGCUAUACCACAUUGCUUCUGGAUUUGCUACGAAAGGCUCGUGAUUGAUGAAACAUACAAAAUCGAAACAUAAAAAUUCAAGAACGAGGAAUUACUCAAAAAAAAAACAGAUAACAGUAACAGGAGAGUAGUACUGAAAUGUAGUUGAAUAUUUAACAAUCUUGUGAACAUGCAGCAGUCCAGCUGAUACGCUUUUCGUGAUUAGUAGUUACACCGAAGCAUGAACGAUAAAUGCAAUAAAUAAGUAUAAUUAAACAGAAAAAUUACACAACAAUCAUCCAAAUCGCAAGGCAAAGCAAAUAGUUAAUGAAUUCUCUAUUUUUCAUCUAGCAAUCUAUUGAAAGCAAUUAUAAAGGCGCAGCAUAUCAUCAUCAAACGUUUAGUUAAGGUUAAUCGUUUAUAGCAUUACACUUUUAAACACCAUUUAUUCAGUGAUAUUAAGCAAAUCGGUCUUCGGGAUGCGGGAACGAAGGCAACCAUUUGAGAUCGUCUACCUGAUUGUGUUAAAAACAAGUUGGUUAGUUUGUGCGGGUGUGGGCUAACUGAAGCGAUGUUCACUUUAUGAAACAAUUACCGGCCACCAAUGGAACAAACAUUAUUUAGUAGAAAGUAAGCUAAAGGAACCUGUUAACUGUGGGCAACAUGGAGAAGUUUGCAUUCUAUACUACAUGAUGAUGCAUGACGCCAGCAAGAGCAGAACAAAACCAUCAACGGGUGAGAACAACUACCAGCAAAUGAUACGGUGAUAAACAGCUAACAAAAACGCGAAAUCAAACGUAAACGAAAUCGUUUUGCCAAUCGGACUAGCCGAGCAGCCUCAAGUGAUUUUUUACAAGCAUUAAGCUACUACAAUAUGGAUUAGUUAGCUAAACGAUGGAUAAUUAAGAGAUUAAGAGUUAUAUCAAAGACACAUCGUAGUGAUAGUAACAAAUUUUUGUGCUUUAUACUUUUAUUGUUUCGGUUCCGUUUCUCAGUCCCCAUUUGACUCUCCAGUGAAUAUGCCGUCGAUAAGGGUCGAAAAUCAUAUCCCACCGGAGGUGUUAAUGAUGGAAAACGCAUUGUUGGCUGAGGGGAAUUUAAUCUUUUGUCGACUACAAAGCACGUUUGUUCCAACUGACAAAACUAAACCAGAACAAACGCAGUCCAACGAAUGUUAGUUGGAAAAUAAUGUUUCGUCACACUUUAACACUGCAUGAUAAGCGACCAUUGGUUCUGGACCAUUUGUACGUUCACUCUGAACGUUUCUUAACAAAUUCUUCGAGAAAAAUCAUACACACAUACGCACAUCAUUGAAAAACCGGCAUUUUUCGCAAUGAACAAAAAGCAUCUGGAGGAAUGAGAAUCAAAUAUAACACAUCCGUCGCCUAUAAACAUAUGAAAUGAAGAUUAUUCCAUCCUGAUCUAGCAGCAUUCAUCUUACGAUGCCCGGUAUCGUAGACUUGUGGUUUGCUGAUAAACGUGUCUCUGCACUGUUUAUUUAUCGUGCACUGAGAAUUUAAUCACAUCCACAAACUAAUAAAAUAAAAAAACAGAACCACAUCUUACGAUAAAACGGGAUGGAGAAUAAUAAUUGGAGGUAACAUUUCUUUAAAAGCAAACGAAAGUAUAGGGACUAGUCACGCAAUUUGUGCAAAACAAGAUCUUGUCUCAAACCCAGAUUGCAAAACAUAAUGUAAGAAACCAUGAAACUUGGAUAUGGGAUAUGGGAAACUUCUAGGAAGAAGGGGGGACACGACCAGGUAAUAGGGAGAUGAUGUUGCAAUAUCAAUCUAAUAGCAAUCAAAUUCAGUUAGUUUUUGGUACUACCUCUCGACACGACAUGGUCGACGGUACCAACUCUUUUUGCGGCGCAAUGUUGCAAAAGAUGAACCACUAUAAAAAAAUAUAGAUAUGUUUGAAAGUAAAACCUAAUGCCGCCAUACAAUAAUUUACUAUCUUCAGCUCUGCCAAAAGUGCAUCUUUUAGAAUAACUACAAACCAAAUCAAAUCAAAGGAGAACGCAAUGAAUUGUGGAACAGUAGGUAGUGGGCACUCUUCAGAACAAACUUACAAACAAACUCUACAACAUUGUGUUGAUGAAAUGACAUGAAAAGUGUGUUUCACACCAUGUUUACCUUUGCACAUACUAAUGGAACAAACGCAAAUAUCGACGUAUGGAAGCAAACCAACAAACAAUAAAUGAUGUACAUACAUCACUCUUAUGAAUGGUUUAACCGGCAUGUUUAAACAAGAUAAAUACGAUAUACUAAAACCAAACUAUUAAAAUGAACAUGAACGCACUCAAGUAUUUAACCAAAAAAGGGGAGUAUAAUUGAGAUGCGAAGAAAACUCGGAACGCGAAGCAAAUAUAUAUAAUUUAAUUAAAAUAUAGACACAUUUUCAAAUGCCAGCUAGGAUACGUUAAAUUCAGGACUUGGCCUCUUGAGCUUGGCUUGAGGAACGAGGUUACCCAAAAGCAAAUGCUGCAAACGCAAAUAGCAGUAGACACUAAGAAAAAUAAAACAAAACUAACGACACCAAUCGUAGCAAUUGAAGUGUUCGAACACAUUCGAAGCGAAGGAUGAAAGUAUCAUGAAAAGAUUAAGUAGCGUAAAGCAAGUAAAACACAAAACCAAGCGCAAGCAAAAACCACUAGCGAAGCAUGUUUAGGUGCAGGCGUUUUAAGAAGCAUUCUUCUGCUAGGAUGAGAUGUGAGCUUCGUUUUACGUUCAAAGUGCUGUUACUAACUCACCACUAAGUAGCUAGUUUUCGCUAGAUAGUAUUCGCUUUGGGUUCUACAGCUGUGCUGUUCGCACAGUCGCAGUUUGCCGAUAGUCUACAUAUGUUGCCCUUACUUAGCAUAUUUACAGACAGUUAUUACGCAAUGAGAAUCGUAAUCAUUCAAUGUAACAUGGCAGCUAACGAUGGUUUUUAAUUUAAUGUUUGUAACAACGUAAACAAGUAUUGCAAGUCGAACUCUAAGUUGCCGAACUCUAAGGCAUGUUUAGCAUCGGAGGAGUACUAAAUAAUUAGUAAGAUGUAAGGAUAUUAUUAAUAACAUUUAAGCAAAGCAGAAAAUCUAACGAGACGUAGCUACGAACUAAAUGAACGGCUAGUUACGCACAAUUUCAAAUUUUACAACCAAUCUCGUUUAAGAGGGUUUAAUUCUAUGCAAAAAUGUAAUAAUGAACAUUUAACAAUUGUGAUAAAGAAACAAAAAAACACUACAAACUUGCUUGUACAUCGUAAAUAAUGUUUACAAACUAUGUACAUCACGCGAACAAAAACUGAGAGAAACAGAUCGGCUUCAAUGAGUUUAUCCUUAUCAAUUUACAGAGGUUUUGGAUUCAUUUAAACUUUAAUUAAUACAAUUAAGUGAAACUCAUGAUUAUACUAUGAAUUAUGUUCUGUUUUUGUAGUUGUUUGCCUUUUGCAAUCAUUUCUUUCCAUUUGGUCAAUUGUUUGGUGUAUGAGAAACAGCGAUUGGUAAUGGGCAGAGAUAGCACAAACAAACAAUGAAAAUUGUAGUAAGGAGAAAUACUGAAUUGUUUCGAAUAUUUCCUCAAUCUAUGGGCUCAAGAAUGCAAACAAUAAAUACUAAAUUAAAAGCGGGAGCCAUGUAAAAAGAUGGCAAGAAGCGACAUGGAAUGCCUUUCCAGAUACAUUGGAAACAUACGAUCGUGAUUAAUGCUGAACGCUGAAGCUACACCAUUGUUCUUUUGCGGCAUCUGUUGUAGAUUUUGUCACUAACACAAAAGGCAGCAGCAGCAGUUAAACACCGGUUGUUCUAACUUUGGCACAUCGAUCAAGCGUUUUGAAAAUAAGAAACAUACGCUAAUCUGGAUUAUAACAAAUGAACUAAACGAAAUGAAAAACGAAUAGAACAAGAAAUGAAUACACCCAGCCAUCCAGCCAGGAUCAGGCUAGGAUUACUAUCGAUAAAGUAUAUACAUCUAUAUAUACAUUUCGAAACUAGGAAAUUUCUUCUUGAAUCCGAGUUUUCUAAGUUAAACAAAAACGUUUUAGACUAAUACAAUUAAAUCCUAUUACUGCUUUAAACUUGUUGAACAUAAUAAAAAAA